AUGGAUCUCUACCGGAACACUUUCGCCGUCUUGGUGGUGGGCAGCGUCAGCCUGGCGUACUCGCAAUAUCAACGUGACAGAGAGGCCUUAAAGGACGCCAAGGCUGGGUCGGUCGAGCUCAACAAUGCCGCAACGUCGUUCAAAUGGAAAUUCAUCCCAGUCUAUCUGCUCGGACCGUAUGUCUACACGCUCUAUAAAGAUGAGUAUGGACUGGCAGAGCCGACCGUGGCCAUGCUGUUUGCUGCCGGGUUUGUUGCUGCUGCCGUCAGUGCGACGUUUGUUGGGUCUCUCGCCGAUAGGUAUGGCCGGCGUAUGGCAUGUAUGGCCUUUUGCAUCACAUAUGCACUUUCCUGCUUGACGAAGCUCUCGAGCGAGAUCGUCACGUUACUCAUCGGGAGGUUGCUCGGAGGUGUUGCAACGACCCUGAUGUACAGCGUCUUUGAGUCUUGGAUGGUCACGGAGUACUUUGCUCGAAGCUUGGAUAGGAGCAACAUGACUUUGGAUAGCAUGUUCGGCCUCAUGACGAUGCUGAAUGGCGUGGUUGCAAUUUUGUCGGGUGUUGUGGGAGAGACCGUCGUCGCCAUGACAGGAACCAAGACGAGCCCAUUCAUGGCUGCCAUUGUGCUCUUGAUGACUGCAAUGGUAAUAAUAAAAAAAGGAUGGAAUGAGAACUACGGAGACAGGACAGAACAGUCAAAGGGCGCUUCGGAUGAGUCCAGUUUAAAAUCCAUUCUCAAAGAUAAACGAAUCCUGAUAUUGGGCUUCGUAUGUUGCGUCUUCGAGGGCUCCAUGUACCUCUUCGUCUUUUUCUGGUCUGCUGCGCUCAAAUCAGCCCACGCCUACUCUAACCCAUCCACAAAAGAGCAAUCUGCUAUCCCAUUCGGGCUAAUCUUUGCCACCUUUAUGGCUUCUAUGAUGCUUGGCUCUAUUGCCUUCAGCCGUGGAUCCUCUGAGGCAGCUGCUAGCAAGUCUAUAACCAUGCUAGGGCCCGCACAUUUCCUGACAGUCGCCAUUGCUAUCUCAACGGCGUCGCUACUUAUCUCAGUUCUGAUAAAGAGCGAGACACUGACAUUCUGGUGCUUCUGUUUAUUCGAGGGCUGCAUCGGAAUCUACUACCCAUGCAUGGGCGCCCUAAGAGGACGUAUAGUUGGUGAUGGAGUGCGAGCAAAGGUCUACGGAUUUUUGAGAAUCCCACUCAAUUUCUUUGUGGUUGUGCUUCUUUGCCUGACUAAAGAAGGCGAUGCGCACCGUGAUAGAGUAUUCACAUUCUGUGGAGGUUUGCUACUGGCUGGAACUGUAUUAUCAGCCUGCUACUUAGGGGACACUACAGAGGGCACUAAAGAUGCGGAAGAUGGUGAAUCAGAGGAGUUUAUGGACGGGUCACGGAUAGAGUCUCCAGCGUGA